UCAAGCUUACCUGUCACACAGGUAAGAGUCAAGGAUUGUUCAAGGAAGUUCUUUUAUUGGUGGUCGAAAAAUAUAUUUAUAUAUUAAUAAAAAAAAUAAUUAAAUUAUAUAAAGUCUGUGGCUCUCCCGCAGCGAGAAAUGGCCGAUUCCCAGCUGCAAUGCGUGGAAGACGAACACGUCAACGAGAAAAUCUCCGAGUCCAACCCGGAGUUUUAUUACAGCGAGGAGCAGCGCAGCGCCGUGGACCAGCUGCUGCAAAACGGAGACGGCGCUUUUCGCCUCGCCGCAAAAACGGGCAAAAUCCGGGAGUUUCUGUCGGCCAAGGAGAGGAAGAAACUUCGCAAAAGCUGGAAGCGACGCGACGCGCAGGACGAGGAAACGCGAGUGGAGCGUGGGACGGCUGCAGGUACCGACACCGAGGUCCAGUCCACGUACUGGCCGCAGCUGUCCGACACCGAGGUCCCGCCGCUGGAUAUCGGCUGGCCGGACGCGGGGGGUUACAAAGGGGUGACCCGGGUGACGAUCCACACUCACCCCACGAAAGACAACGGCCCGCACAUCAGAGAGGUAGCGCGGAGAAUGAUCCAGGAGGCUAAAAAGGUCGUCGCCGUGGUAAUGGAUCAGUUCUCAGACCUGCUCUUGUUCCAGGACCUGCUGGAGGCUGCUUACAAGAGGAAGGUCUCUGUCUACCUUGUGCUGGACAGUGGCGGGCUGCCCCUCUUCAUCGAGAUGUGCCGGAGACUGGAAAUCACAGAGCCGCAGAUUCGGAACAUGCGUGUCCGGUCGGUAGCUGGCACUGGGUUGUCCCUGGCGAUGGGGAAGCUGCCAGGAACUCUGUCCAGUAAAUACAUGCUGGUGGACGGAGAAAAAGUUCUGUCGGGAUCCUACAGUUUCACCUGGACCGCCUCCCGCCUCGACCGGAACCUCAUCUCCGUAAUGACCGGGCACAUCGUCGACGUCUUUGACCGCGAUUUCCGAGAGCUGUACGCCGUCUCGGACGCGGUGAGCCUUCACCGAGAACUGGGGCUCCCGUUACCCCCAAACCCGACCAAACCGCCACCCACGAUCCAGACCAAGCCCACGGUGACGUCUCGCUUCGAAACCAACGACGGGGCUCCCGCCUCGAACCUCCGACCGCCUGCCCACAAAUACCACAACCCCAAAUAUUCCUUGGUGUUCGGAGACGCUUUAGGGCUGUCCAGUUCGAAGCAGGACCUGACCAGCGCCUCUCCGGGCAUCAUGAGACGCUUUUUGCUCAGCGACGCUGCCUCUAGCGUCGUCGCAGCCAACGGGGACAAACAGGAAGCGCCCGCAGCCCCACUUCCUGUUACCCAGAAUGCCGAGGGGACGGGCGGCAGUGGCCCGAAGGCCAACGGAGGGCUGUCCAAGAAGCUGCGCAGCACUUUCAGGGGGAAGAACGCAAAGCCGAAUUCUCCCGCGUCUCCCCAACUCCAACCCCCUCUGGGACCGGAUCGCUUGAACCGCAGCGACCAGAGCUUUGAGUUCGUGGAGAAGGAGAGCCUGGAGGACGGGCUGGGGAAGCUGAUGAGGAACGAGAAGCGGAAGUCCAAGCUCAGCAAGCUGAGUUUCUCUCUCCCGACCGUACAGACCCUGGAGGGAGACGGUAGUUCGAGCCCCACUUUAAGCAACGGGAAAGAUAGCAGGAGGACGUCAAAAAAGGGAUGCAUAACUUCCUGAAGAGGAGAGAGGGGGAGGGGGCUCGGUGACUGACAGACAGACAGACAGACAGACAGCCUCUCAUUCCUGCCUUUCCCCUGCCUCUGCAGGGCUGGGUUUCAAUCUGGGGGGCUAGGGGGCGCAGACAGACAGACAGACAGACUGACAGACAAUGUACAAUAUUAGUGGAACCCCACGAGAAAUGAAAAGGCCACACAAGGGACAGUUUACUGAAAGUGUGUGCUACAUGGUUUUCCCCCACCCCCCCUGUAUAAUAUUAUGCAUACAAAGAUCUCCCAUGACAGACACACUCCCUUAGUAAAAGCACAACAAAGUGUUAUAAAGCCCAGGGAAAGCUAAAGCAUAUGGAAGCAUUGUAAAGCACAGAGAGGUGUGGUAAAGCAUAGGGAAGCAUUGUAAAGCACAGAGAGGUCUGGUAAAGCAUAGGGAAGCAUUGUAAAGCACAGAGAGGUCUGGUAACGCAUAGGGAAGCAUUGUAAAGCACAGAGAGGUCUGGUAAAGCAUAGGGAAGCAUUGUAAAGCACAGAGAGGUCUGGUAAAGCAUAGGGAAGCAUUGUAAAGCACAGAGAGGUCUGGUAAAGCAUAGGGAAGCAUUGUAAAGCACAGAGAGGUGUGAUAAAGUGUAUUAAACCAUGGUAAAUGCAGAGUACACGUGUAACCAUGGGGGAAAACUCACAAACCUUUUUUAGGGAUGUAAGGUGAAUAUUGCUGCUGUUUUAUAAUUAAUAUGAAACCGAUAAAUGAGGUGUGUCAUUUUUAAAAUGUACAGAAAGUAUUGAUCAACGGUGUAUAUAUUAAAAAUAUCAAAUUAUUAUUAUUAUUUUAAAAUCUAUUUUAAUUGAUUAAAAACAAUUGCCUCCUAA